CUAAAACAGCUCCACUGCCUGUAUUUUCUCUUUUGUACUUGAGGAAGAGAGCAGCUCGAUUUUGAGCGUUAGCCAUAGCUGAUGCAGGAAUGGUGUCAAUAAGAAUCUGGUUGUUGGGCUGCAUCCUGGCCCUAAUUGGCUGGGUUGGCAUGAUCAUCGUCUGCACCCUGCCUAUGUGGAAGGUGACAGUUUUCAUCAGCUACAACACCGGGGUGGUGCAUUUUAUGUGGGAAGGGUUGUGGAUGAGCUGCAUGGGGCUGAAGCACACAGGGCAGAUGCAGUGUAAGGUCUACGACUCCAAGCUGGCGCUCAGCACAGACCUGCAGGCCGCACAGGCCCUGGUGGUCGUGUCCCUGUUGGUUGGUCUUAUUGGACUCUGUAUCACUUUCAUUGCCGGGAAGUGCACCAACUUCAUCACGGUGGAGAGCAGCAAGUGCAGGAUGAUGCUGGGGGCAGGCGUGCUGCUGGUCAUCUCCGGCAUUCUGUGCCUCAUCCCUGUCUCAUGGUCCGCGAGCACGGUCAUUCAAGAUUUCUACAACCCUGUGAUGGUUGACGCACAGAGACGGGAGCUGGGGGCUUCGCUCUACAUCGGCUGGGGGGCGGGGCUUCUGAUGAUACUGGGAGGGGCUCUUCUCUGCACCUCCUGCCCCCCAAGGGACGACCAAGGACCGUUUCUUAAGUACCAACCGCUGAAGAAGCCCAGUUUUAUAUUAUACAGCACCACCUCUGAGGUCUGACACAGCUACAUCCAAGACUUACAUCUAAAAACAUGUGAAAGACAUUCUCCUGUGGGUGUGUUUGCUAAUGAAAACACAUUCUGAUGCACUGAGAUAUGCAGUGAAGAUUACUUAUGCGCAACUUCUUGGCUUGAAGCUUUUUUGUGUUUUUUCAAACACUGUCCCCUAUUAUAUAUCUGUGUUUGUAAGACCUUCAUUGACUGUAUUAAGAAUAUGUGUGUACAAUAACUUUAAUAUAUAUGCAACUGUAAAUGUUCACUGUGAAUAGCCAGGAGCUGUUUUAUAUUUGUCCAUUAACUUCCAGUAUGACAAUAAAAUCUGAGUCAUUGUUUCACGACCUUGUCAUUCCUGGGAUGCU